GCGGGCGAGGCGCAGAAGGUGAGAGAUCCUCGCUGCAGCUCCGAGGCAGAGAUCCCGUGGCGGCUGUAACCCCGAAGGCCAGGCAGAGAGAUCCCCGCGGCAGAUCUAGCCCCAAAGGCAAGCCGGAUUCCCGAGGGCGAGAGAGAAGCAGCCACCGCCUCUUGCAAGCGUUGCGAUUGUCCAGGGAGCGAUCGGACGGGACGGGAUGGCUUCCGCCGCGCUGGAGUUGCUGGGCUUGGCGCUGUCCAUUCUAGGCUGGGCAGGGGCGAUGCUGGCGUCGGGCCUGCCCAUGUGGCAGGUCUCGGCCUUCGUGGAGGCCAACAUCGUGACGGCGCAGACCACCUGGGAGGGCCUGUGGAUGGCCUGCGUGGCGCACAGCACCGGGCACAUGCAGUGCAAAGUCUACGACUCCAUCCUGUCGCUGCCGUCCGAGCUGCAAGCCGGCCGCACGCUGAUGGUGCUGGCGGCGCUGCUGGGCCUGGUGGCGCUGAUGGUGACGGUGGUGGGCGCCCAGUGCACGACCUGCGUGCGCGCCGGCAAAGUCAAGGCGUGGAUCGCGGCCGUCGGCGGCGGCCUCUUCGUGCUGUGCGGCCUGCUGGUGCUCAUCCCGCCCAGCUGGUUCGCCAACAUCAUCAUCAGCAAUUUCUACGACCCGACGACGCGGGCCAAGCGGGAGCUGGGCGCGGCGCUGUACGUCGCCUGGGCCGCCUCGGCCCUCCUGCUCCUCGGCGGCGCCCUCAUCUGCUGCCCCUGCGCCCGCACGGAGGAGAGCUCCGCCUUCCCGGUCAAGUACUCGGCCCCCCGGCGGCCCACCUCCACCGCCAACGGGGAGUACGACAAGAAGAAUUACGUCUGAAGCCUUCGGGAGAGACUCUGGCUGCGAUCCUGAGAACGCUUUCCUGGGAGUAAGUCCCAUUGACUAAAGUGGAACUCACUUCUGAGUAGAUCUGAUUAGGAUCGCGCCUUGUGUAGGGGUGGGUUGGGGAUUGGGGGACGAGCGGAACGGGUCGCCCAAGCCAACGAUCUUGGAGCGCCUGGAGGCGCCGACUGAACUUCAGAUGGGGCGGACUUUGCUGUCAGAUUAUCCCCCUCCAAAUAAACUGUUUUUGUGCCUUCCAAAGACAUGCAGGGAUACGAACACUCAGAUCUUCUUCACUGGAUUGUUGCUUCCUCCCGCUUUGCCCCCUUCCCAAAUUUCUUUUCCACUUAGACCUGAACCCAGAGUUUGCGCUCUGUUUUAAAAGCAUCCUUGCCAGGAAUAACGGAUGGAAAAAGCAGGUAGAUUUAGAAAUAAUGAGCCAAAGCCGUUCUGAUGUUCAGUCCGACGCUUGUUUGGGGUGGGUUACCUGGGUUUGUUUUUGCUUAAGGGCCCAAGAAAUUUGUCUGAUGAUCCAUGUUAAGGGCAAACCGUUGGCUGAAACGCUCAACUUCGUUGGUUAGGAAAGCAUUGAGUAUUGUGACAUCUCCAGAAAACGACUGGAUGGCUGUUCUCCUCAAAUUACUUUCUUUGGACAGUUUCUGGAGUCUUAACGGUGGUCCCAGUGGCUUCAACUAGAGUAGCAUUGAAGUCAAUGGAACUGCUGCACUGUGUAAGCAGUUUGUGGAGUAUAGCCUGUCUGUGGGAAAACUACAGGUAGCUUUGUUGGAUGAGAAAUUUUUGAUAUAAGUUUGCCUUAAAAGGUGCGUGCAUGUCGUUUUUUAAAAAAAAAUAGAAACAAGGGUGUGAUAUAAUUAUUAAAUGUUAAGUUAUGGACUAGGAGAUUUAUUUUAGACUUGGAUGUGCGAAGGGGUCACCAAAACGUUUCACAACUUUUUUUUUUUUGCAAAGUAAAAUUCAUCCCAGUUAAAAACUGGCAGUCAAAGUCAAAAGCAAGGAAUAUGGACAUGGCUUUAAUUUCAUCCUUGCUCUUCCACAAACCUUACUGGUUUUUAAUAAGAGUUGUGUGGGAGAUGCCAUUGGUACUGGGAGUUUUAUUGCAAUGAAAUAAUACCAUAAUUAAAUCCUCUGAAGUUAUGAGCAGUGUUUUCAAAUCAAAGAUUUAUAUAUUUUAUAUGCCUGUAUAUUUAUAUGUGUGUAUAUAUAUGACUGCAUGUUCUUGUUUUUUUCCCUUUGUUAAAAUGACAUUUGAGUAAAGAAAACUAUAUGCUCAGGUAGCAAAAAGUUUACUAAA